CUCUUGUGCAUCACAGCGACGCUAAAAGUGUAAAUUGUGAUAAAUUGCAGUUGCGAGGAACCGAAGCAGUCUGAGUAAAUAUCUGUUCUAAAACCUUUUUAUUUAAUUGAUUAUUUUAAAGACAAUGUCGCAGUGUAUGGAGAAACCUUUGUGUUUUGCUGUUUUUGCUCUUGCGUCAGUUUCACUGCUUUACAGCCGAACAGUCGAAUGUGCAGAAACGCUGAAACUCAACACCGCCCCAGACCUCAACACCACUCACAACCUCACACACAAUGAACAACAGGAUCCUCUGUGCUCAAAGCAGCGUAAGAGUUACUGCAUUAAUGGUCUCUGUUUAUUUCAUGAAAACAGCAGCAUGCCGUCCUGCACGUGUGUGUGUAGGUGUCACGUGGACUAUUUGGGUGAACGUUGUGAACAUAUGAAUUCGCAAUUUGUGAUAGGCCCCUACAACCUGGAGGAAGUGAUCUCCAUCAGCUGUGGUGUGAUCUUACUGCUGGCCUGCGCGUGCAUGCUCGGCUGCUGCUGCUACAGGAAGUGGGUCAGUAAACAAGCUCCUCCAUAUAAAAAUCAGGACAAUAGUGUGUGAGAGAGAUGGAGAGCUGCGGAAGGAACACAGCCGGACAGAGGGGUCACACAGCUCCCCCUGAUGGACACUCACAGAACUGCACAAGCUCCACACAUAGCGAGUGCACUAAUGAGAAGUGCCCUUAUUCCAUAAAGUGUUCUUAUUUCAACAAACAGGACAUUGCCUUCUAACACCCCUCGGCUAGUCAGAACAAGAGAACUUCAAAAUACAAAAUAAGAAAUUCCAUGAAAAUGGUGUAAACGAGAGAAACCUUCAGAGAACCAGGAAACUGUAACUAGGGAGACUACCACCUCCAGUCAGGAUGUAGUGUCAUACAUUAUUAUUAUUAUUAUUAUUAUUAUUAUUAUUAUUAUUAUUAAGAGUAACUUGGCUGUAAUUAAUCAGGUCUGUAUUUAUCUCAUCACCACACACACAUUUUUAUUUCUCGUUUUAUUCUCUCAGUGUGAAUAAAGCUUUUGUAUUUAUUGUUUAUUAUUAAAAUCCAAAAUGAGUUUAUUUCUAAUACUUAUUUAUAGUGUUUGUCAAUAAAAAUCCCUUUUAGAGAGUU